CCAUGGGGCGGGCCGCCUAGCCCCAGGCCGCGCCCGGCACCGGCGGUUCAGGCAGCUGCGGACUCUCGGCGCGGGCGGUCCCAGCCGGGGUCCCGCUGCGGGGCGGGGCCGUCACGUGUCCCGGCGCUGGGGGGGGGCAACAAGCGGCCUGACCCCCCCCCCGUGCGGGAGUGCAGGGCAGCCCCGCCCCCACGCUGCGGGGCGGGGCCGUGGGGGAGGCCGGGCCUCAUGAAUAUUCCGGCUCUUAAGUGGCGGGCGGAGCCAGGGCAGCCCAGUCCCCGCCCCCGGUGCGCGCUUGGCCACGGGCCCCGCUCCGGGCGGGGGGCGGAGCCGCCCCGUCUCCAGGCAACGGGGAAGCGGCGCGGGACCAGGUCCGGUCUCUCGAGGCCUCACGAUGCCCCCCAGGCGAAGGCAGAAACUGCAGCAAGAGCAGAAGGGGCAGCCAGGUGUGGCUGCACCCCUGGAGGGAGCUGCUGAGGGGGCUGUAGCCAGCAGGGAAGAGGUGCUGCUGCAGCAGGAGUAUAGCCGCCUUUGCAAGGAGCUGGAGGACAUGAAGGGGGCACGUGUUCAGCUUCGGGAGGAGAACGAGUUCCUGCAGCAAGAGGCCCAGCGUCUCCGUGCUGAGAGCCAGGAAUUCAUGUGCUAUGUGGCCAAGCGGGCCCAGCGGCGCCAGGAUGCCAUCAUCUCCCUGAAUGAUCAGAACAAGCAGGCCCUAGAGGAGAUCCGCAGGGAGCAGCAGGAACUGCUCACCCUCUACCAGAGGAAGGAGGCAGCUCUGCGGGAACAACUGUUGCACAAAGAGGGUGAACUUCUCCGCCUCAGCAAGGAGGUUGAGGGCCUGCGGGAGAUCCAGGCACUGCAGCAGGAGCAGGCUGCCCACAUCAGGGAGCUGCAGGAAGAGCUGGUGGCCACCAGGCAGCAGCACACUCAGCACCUGCAGGAGACCAAAAGCCAUUUCCUGCAUGAAAAGGCUGCCUUUGAGCAGAGGUCCCAGCAGCAGGUGCUCUGCCUGCUGCAGCAGGCACAGGAAGUGGUUGCACGGUGCAUGCAGGAGCAUAGCCACCAGGUGAAAUGUGAGAACCAGGAGCUGCGGCAGGAGCUGCACCAGCUCAUCCAGCGAUCACGCACACUGCAUUUACACAAGCGCCGGUUAGAGGAGCAGGCACAGCAGCUGCUGCGAGAGCGUUGCUACAUGCAAGACAUGGCUCGCCUGUACCACACCCACCAGGGCAAGAAGUAGGCCCCAGCUGUGACCCCAGGAACGAGCUCACAGAGAGGUGGCCACUACUCACUGCCAUGACCUGCUUUUGGUAUUAGAAUUAUUUAGCUCAGGGGUUCUCAAACUGGGGGUCAGGACCCCUCAGGAGGUCACGAGGGUAUUACAUGGGGGGUCACAAGCUGUCAGUCUCUACCCCAAACCCCACUUUGGCUCCAGCAUUUAUAAUGGUGUUAAACAUAUAAAAAAGUGUUUUUAAUUCAUAAAGGGGGUCGCACUCAGAGGCUUCCUAUCUGAAAAGGGUCACCAGUACAAAAGUUUGCAAACCACUGAUUUAGGUCCACAUUCUUCAGUAACAGCUUUGUUAAUAAUCUGAGAGGGAAAUGAAAUUCCCAGAGGAUACUGAACUGGGAGGAGCUAUAACUGGGGAGGUGGGAUAGCUCAGUGGUUUGAGCAUUGGCCUGCUAAACUCAGGGUUGUGAGUUCAAUCCUUGAGGGGGCCAUUUAGGGAACUGGGGUAAAAAUCUGUCUGGGGAUUGGUCCUGCUUUGAACAGGGGGUUGGACUAGAUGACCUUCUGAGGUCCCUUCCAACCCUGAUAUUCUAUGAACUUCCAACAAAAAAAGAUCUGAUCCAAAAGGCUUUAGUGAGACAUUGGCAGGGAACAAUUUAUCCAGCUAUCACACACGGUCUUAUAUGGGCACCAUUGCUGAAGUAUCUGAGUGCCUCACAAACAUUAACCUAUUUAUCCACAAAGCAGCACUGUGAGGUAGGGUGAUGCCAUUGUUGGAUGUUUUUCUAAAAGAUCUGCUCUAGGGGAUGUUUUCUGGCUUGUGUUAUACGGAGGUCAGAGUAAAUGAUCACAGUGGUCCCUUCUGGCCUUGGAAUGUGUGAAUCUAUGAAUCUGUUAUCCUCAUUUUAGAGCCUGUGGCAGAGCAUGGAAUUAAUCCAGGUCUUCUGAGUCCCAGGCUAGCAUUCUAACCCCCGUGCUAUCCCUCUGCACAGAGACUGAUCCUGGGCCAGCUCUUGUGCGACCCUGCUGAGUCUUGUGAUCUUUAGAGAGAGAGAAGUCUUUUAUUGGAGCAACUUCUCUUGGUGAGAAAGACAAGCUUUUGAGCCACACCGAGCUCUUCUUCAGAUUAUCCCCCUCCCCCCCCGCCAGCAACGUGCCCCUGAAGUUCCAUCUCCCCAGCCAGGACCAUGUCCCCAAUGUAUAUCUGCAAGAAGAAGAGCUCUGUGAAGCUCGAAAUCUUGUCUCUCUCACCAACAGAAAUUGGUCCAAUAAAAGAUAUUAUCUCAUCCACCUUGUCUCUCUCGUAUCCUGGGACCAGCACAGCUACAAUUACACUCUUGUGAUCUUUGGUAUUUCUGGAAUCCUGUGAUUAAAAAAAAGAAAACUCAGAUUUUCUCCUAAAUAACGUGUUUUUUUCCUCAUACCAGAAGAACAAGGGGACAUUCAGUGAAAUAAAAAGGUGGAAAAAUCAGAACUAACGAAAGGAAAUACUUUUUCACUCAAUGUGUAAUUAGACUGUGGAACUCACUGCCACAGGAAGUCAUUGUGUAAGGAGAAGGCCUUUUCCUGUAGCCAUAUUACAAGGCCUAAAGCCUAAGUUUUUGUCUGUAGCUAUAUUAGAAGAGCAGCAGCCAUUAGCUAAGAAGCAGGAAGUCACAUCCCAUCUAAAUGACAUGAAAACACUGUAAUAUCCGGCUGUGAAGAAGGAGAUCCUGUCCCAGUAACACCACUAUCGCCAGAUAAAGAAACAGAGCUUAAGAUGGUUAAAGAACACUUAGUUUGCUAGCGUCUGUCUGGCAAGAAGUCACUUAUCAAUAGUCGUGGUUGUGAAAUCCUCACUUCUUUAUUGUUUUGUCAGUAUGGUCCCCUCUUCCCUAUUGUUUGUCUGAUGUAUGAUCUCUGUCUGGUUCUUUGAUUGUUUCUGUCGGUUACAUAAUUAAUUUUGCUAGGUGUAAAUUAAUUAAGGUGGUGGGGUAGAAUUGGCUAGAGAAUUUUGUUACAAUAUGUUAGGAUUGGUUAGUAACAUUUUAGUAAAAUGAUUGGUUAAGGUAUAGCUAAGCAGGACUCAGGUUUCACUAUAUAAAUUGGGGUCCAAAAAGAAGUUUUGGGAACCAACUCCAGGACUCAGCCCCAUCAGAGCUGCCAGACCGCAACACUCUGCCAGUGACACCAUGUAGAAACUGGAAUCCCCCAGAUGACCUGAUCCUGACUGGCCCUCAAGAAAAGUUCAUCUGUCUUAUUGGGACUGGUGAACAUUGUAUGUGUAGUGUGUGCAUUCUGUUUUUGGUGAUUGUUAAUAAAUAGAGGAUAAGGAUA